AUGGCGGGCCACCAACAUGCGGCGAGCCACACGGAGGGCGGCCUCCUGCGGGGCAAGCCCCCCUCCCGCCACAUGGCCAGGCAGCAUUCGGCAACGGGGAUCGCAGAUCUGCGGCGCGGGGGCUCGGGCAUGCCGCACGUGCGCACGGCGCCGGAGCUGAGGGCGCUGGCGCUGGCGGUCAAGGACGAGAGCAGCCAGGAGACGCUGAGCGCGCCGCUUACGCGGCUGGCGCAGAGCCCGUUCGAAGGGUGCGCCGAGGAGGAGAGCUGGCAUCCAUCCCAGGGAUGGCGGUGGAUGUCGCACCACCUGUCGAUGGACGCGCUGUGGGCGAAGAUCAGGGAGGAGGCGGAGGCGGACGCCGAAGCUGAACCGACGCUUGCGAGCACCCUGCACAGCACGGUGCUAGUGCACCAGAGCUUCGAGAAGACGAUGGCAUUCAUUCUUGCAAACAAGCUGGCAUCAUCGACUCUGCUGGGAACGCACCUGAUGCGUCUGUGCCAGGAUGCUUAUGCGGACGACCCGGCCAUAAUUGACGCCUGCAAUGCAGACUUGCAGGCUGUGAUAGAUCGCGAUCCUGCUUGUGACAAGUACACACAGUGCAUACUGUACUUCAAGGGCUUUCAAGCAGUGCAGAGCUACCGAAUUUCGCAUUGGUUAUGGAAAAAGGGCCGAAAGGCUCUUGCUCUGGCCCUCCAAAGCCGCGUGUCUGAAGUCUUCCAUGUGGACAUUCACCCUGCUGUCGUGGUCGGGAGAGGGAUCCUAAUGGACCAUGCCACGGGAAUUGUCAUGGGAGAAACCGCGGUUGUUGGAGACAAUGUCAGUAUGCUGCACCAUGUCACUUUGGGGGGCAGCGGAACUGGAAAGGGGAUUCGGCAUCCCAACAUAGGGCAUGGAGUGUUGCUUGGGGCUGGUGCCACAGUGCUGGGCCCCAUCCACGUUGGAAAUGGGACAAAGGUCGGGGCCGGUACUGUUGUGGUGUCUAGCCUCCCGUCGCACUCUGUGGCUGUGGGUGUUCCUGCAAAGAUCAUCAAGACAGAUGAAAAGGCCGAGCCGUGCCAAAGCAUGGACCAGUGCAGUGGAUUCAUCCACAACUAUGAGAUCUAG